GCACACGUUCUGGCAGUAUCGCCGUGAGAACCCCCAAACCAAAGUGGGGGAUCCCCCUCCUGAUGGGCUGCCUGGCUUCAACAGUGGUGUCCUGCUCCUGAACCUGGAAGCCAUGAGGCAGUCCAAGCUCUACAACCAGCUGCUGGAGCCCACCAUGGUGGAGAAGCUGACAGAGAAGUACCACUUCAAGGGCCACCUCGGGGACCAGGAUUUCUUCACCAUGGUGGGGAUGGAGCACCCAGAGCUCUUCCAUGUGCUUGACUGCACGUGGAACCGGCAGCUUUGCACAUGGUGGAGGGACCAUGGAUACAGUGAUGUGUUUGACCAGUACUUCCAGUGCAAGGGUGAGGUCAAAAUUUACCAUGGGAACUGCAACACACCAAUCCCUGAAGACUAGGGCAGCCACUGCCCCCAGGAGCAGCUCUGACUGCAGCAA